CAGUGGAAUAUGGUUCAAGUCUAUUGCAGGAGGGUUUAAGGUUUCAGCAAAUCCAGUAGGUCAGAGGUUCAGGAGGAGAGGUGGAUCGGUCCAGAGCAGACUGCUCUUCUCUAGGCAGCUCGUCCCUCCUUGAGGCCGCCAUCAGCCACAGGCCACCAUGACGGAGUGGACCCUGCUUAAACGUCUCCUGGAUGCAGUCCACCAGCACUCCACCAUGAUUGGUCGCCUGUGGCUCACCGUCAUGGUCAUCUUUCGGCUGCUCAUUGUGGCUGUGGCAACCGAGGACGUGUACACCGAUGAGCAGGAGAUGUUCGUGUGCAACACCUUGCAGCCAGGAUGCUCAACUGUCUGCUAUGACGCAUUUGCACCCAUCUCGCAACCUCGCUUCUGGGUGUUUCACAUCAUCAGCGUCUCAACUCCAUCCCUCUGCUUCAUCAUCUACACAUGGCAUAACCUAUCCAAACUGCCAAACAACACCAUCCAAAGGCAGGGACAAGGACUGGGGGAUAUUCCAAGGCAGGGAGGCCCAGAUGCAGGGCGUGAUGGUGGACGGGAAGCAUACGACCGCAGCUGUGACUCAGACAGCUGCUCCAUCCGCUCCCACAAGCAUUUAGGUCAUAGUUUGGCAGAUGUACUGGAGGGCAUCACCAGCCAGAGCCUCCAGAGGGGGGACCCCAAGAACAUAGUAACCUUGAGCCAGACCCAAGCUUGCCCUGUCAGAGAAGCAAGUGCAGAGGGUCAUGUGGCCUCUGGCGGGGUUCUGUCCAAAUGUUACAUCUUUCAUGUGUGUUUACGUGCUAUUCUGGAGGUGGGGUUUGUCCUGGCCCAGUGGAAGCUGUUUGGCUUCCAGGUGCCUGUCCAUUUCCUUUGUACUUCAGCCCCCUGUAGUCAGCCAGUAGACUGCUACGUCUCCAGGCCCACAGAGAAGACCAUUUUCUUGUGCUUCAUGUUUUGUGUUGGAGUUUUCUGUAUCCUUCUCAACCUGCUGGAGCUCAACCACCUGGGCUGGAAAAAGAUCCGACAGGUGGUGAAGCUGAGAGAGAGAAAAACAUGGGGAGGUUGUCCAGGAUUAAGGGGAGGAUAUGAAACCUUUCCUCCAGACAUCCCUUCGCUAACAUCCUCUUUAGGCUACAGGGACGUGACCAGCACCACUUCUCUCCCCACUUUGGAUCUUGUGGUGGGUCACCAGCCGGACUGGACUUGUGCUGAAAAUUGUGGCAGCAUGAGGAAGCCUGAAGAGGUUAGAGAAAGUAGACAGGAGCAAUCCAAGAGACAGGACUCACAUAGAGGAGAGAAGCAACCUCUGAAGAGCAUGAGGGAGGCCAGAGGGUCCAAGCAGAGGAGUGCUCAGGUCUGGAUCUAGUCUAUCACCCAUAAAAGUGUCAUGUUGCAGCCAUUACUGCUUUAGAACCAUGAGUCUCGUGUCAGAAUUAAAAGUCUUCUGCUAAAUGUAUUGUUCAAAGAAAUUGGUCAGCAAAUUCCACAGCC